UAAAUUUAUCUAUUGGAGGACAGUGGAAUAGACAUAGCAGAGUGGAAUGGGACACAGUGAAAUGGAACACCAAAACCUUAGGCUAGUACAGUGGAAAUGUAGUAGAUUUACCAUAUGUCUAUGUUAAAACUUCCACAGGAUCGGUGCUCCCCCCCACGGGACGGUUGAGCUAACGUGCGCUAGUGUGAUUAGCAUGACGUUGUAAGUAACAAGAACAUUUCCCAGGACAUAGACGUCUUAUAUGGGCAGAAAGCUUAAAUUCUUGUUAAUAUAACUGCACUGUCCAAUUUACAGUAGCUAUUACAGUGAAAAAAAGACCAUGCUAUUGUUUGAGAAGACUGCACAACAACAACAAACUUUUAUCACAGCAACUGGUUUGAUACGUUCACUUCUGAAGCGUCGUGGAUCAUGUCGUCUGUGAUGCAGAAGUUGAUCACCCCCAUGGCCAGCGGCCCUGCUGAGCCCCCCAGGAACAAGGUGACCGUGGUGGGGGUGGGCAUGGUGGGCAUGGCCUGUGCCGUCAGCAUCCUCCUCAGGGACUUGGCUGAUGAGCUGGCUCUGGUUGAUGUGAUGGAGGAUAAGCUGAAGGGAGAGAUGAUGGACCUGCAGCACGGCAGCCUCUUCCUAAAGACAUCUAAGAUAGUCGCCGACAAAGACUAUGCCGUGACUGCAAACUCCCGCAUCGUGGUUGUGACCGCUGGCGUGCGUCAGCAGGAGGGAGAGAGCAGGCUCAACCUGGUCCAGAGGAACGUCAACAUCUUCAAACACAUCAUCCCCCAGAUCGUCAAACACUCUCCCAACUGCACCCUUAUCGUGGUGUCCAACCCAGUGGAUGUGCUGACCUAUGUGACAUGGAAGUUGAGCGGCCUGCCCAAACACCGUGUUAUCGGCAGCGGCACCAACCUGGACUCCGCCCGUUUCCGUUUUCUGAUGGCUGAGCGCCUGGGCAUCCAUGCCACCAGCUUCAACGGAUGGGUGCUGGGAGAACACGGCGAUACCAGCGUCCCUGUGUGGAGCGGUGUCAGCGUAGCUGGAGUUAACCUGCAGAAGCUGAACCCAGAGUUUGGCCUUGACGGAGACAAGGAGAACUGGAAGGCCACCCAUAAGGAAGUGGUCGACAGUGCCUAUGAGGUGAUCAAGCUGAAGGGGUAUACCAACUGGGCCAUCGGCCUGAGUGUGGCUGAUCUCACUGAGAGCAUCAUCAAGAACAUGAGCAGGAUCCACCCUGUCUCCACCAUGGUCAAGGACAUGUAUGGUAUUGGCGAGGAGGUGUUCCUGUCCCUGCCAUGCGUGCUGAACAGCAAUGGAGUGGGCAGUGUGAUCAACAUGACCCUGACUGCUGCUGAGGUGGGCCAGCUGAAGAAAAGUGCAGACACACUCUGGGGCAUCCAGAAGGACCUCAAGGACAUCUAGAGACACGCAUCUACCCUUCCUCCCUCCGUUUCCGAUGCAGUCAAUCCCAGACCUAGUUUCACCUGUUCUCCGAUCUACUGUAUCCACCUUAAUCUACUGGUAUACAUUCUUUCUUUCACCCCCCCCCCCCCCCCCCCCCCCCCCCCCCCCCACUUUCCUUUUGUAGGAUGAGGUUACUGUGUUUCCGUGCUAGGUACUGUGUGAACCAGUAUGACUAUGUACCCUCAUUGGAUUCAUGUGUUGAAGCUGUUGUACUACGAUCAAAAAGUGUUGGCUUUAUCCUCCAUUUGCACCUUCUUGAAGCACUGUUCACUUCCUGUCGGGAGCGCAGAAACAAAGACCCUAUAACUGGGUCUCCUCCUGUCGGGGAGCAGUGGUGUUGGUUAUUGUGCGAGAUGUUCAGUCUGACAUUGAUUGCCAGAAAGAAACAAAAGGGGGGGGGGUCAGAGGUGGAAUCAGUCGGAACGGGCUACUUUAGUUUUAUUUUUUACUUACUGUAACACCCAUGUUUGUGUAAUGAAUGACGACAACCAAUGAGUAACUUAAUAAAUACUUUAACCUUA